AUGGAAAGAGCAAACCAUUCAGUGGUAUCUGAAUUUAUUUUGCUGGGACUUUCCAAAUCUCAAAAUCUGCAGAUUUUAUUCUUCUUGGGAUUCUCUGUGGUUUUCAUGGGGAUUGUGUUAGGAAACCUUCUCAUCUUGGUGACUGUGACCUUUGAUGCACGCCUACACACACCAAUGUAUUUUCUGCUUAUCAACCUCUCCUGCAUUGAUAUGAUCCUGGCUUCUUUUGCUACCCCCAAGAUGAUUGUAGAUUUCCUCCGAGAACAUAAGACCAUCUCAUGGUGGGGAUGUUACUCUCAGAUGUUCUUUAUGCACCUCCUGGGUGGGAGUGAGAUGAUGUUGCUUGUAGCCAUGGCAAUAGACAGGUAUGUUGCCAUAUGCAAACCCCUCCAUUACAUGACCAUCAUGAGCCCACGGAUGCUCACUGGGCUACUGUUAUCCUCCUAUGCAGUUGGAUUUAUGCACUCAUCUAGUCAGAUGGCUUUCAUGUUGAAUUUGCCCUUCUGUGGUCCCAAUGUUGUAGACAGCUUUUUCUGUGACCUUCCCCUUGUGAUUAAACUUGCCUGCAAGGACACUGACACCCUACAGCUCCUGGUCAUUGCUGACAGUGGGCUCCUGUCACUGAUCUGCUUCCUCCUCUUGCUUGUCUCCUAUGGAAUCAUAAUAUUCUCAGUUAGGCAACAUGCUGCUAGUCGAUCCUCUAAGGCUUUCUCCACUCUCUCGGCUCACAUCACAGUUGUGACUCUGUUCUUUGCUCCAUGUGUCUUUAUCUACAUAUGGCCCUUCAACAGAUACUCUGUGGAUAAAAUUCUUUCUGUGUUUUACACAAUUUUCACACCUCUUUUAAAUCCUAUUAUUUAUACAUUAAGAAAUCAAGAGGUAAAAGCAGCCAUUAAAAAAAUAAAGACUCUGCAUAUAAAUUUAAAACAUAUUUUUAGAUGA